AGUUCCUGGUGAAGUAAAGAAAUCUACUUGUUGUUAAAUCUUUAUCUAUUUUUGGUUCAGUGCUAAAUGUCUGUUAAUUUAAUAUAAAUGAACUGAGUCUCUUUAGAAUCACUGCAGCUUUUCCUCUUUUUUUUGGUGGCAGGAUUUUGACCCAAAUGGCUGCAGUGAGUCUUUUAGUUUCCAAGUAAAACUGUAGCAAAUGUGUUAAGUUGUUGUUUUCCCAUCUGGUGACCGAAGUUGGAGAAUAGCAGAAAAAAACUGUUUCUGGAGGAGCUUUCUGCAGCUGAUGCUGCCACCUGGUGGCAGCAGCAACACAUUACAGUCAGAUGGUAAAAAUCAAGAGGUGAAGAUGUUUACAUUUCAACCUGAAGGAAAUCAGACGAACAUUAUUUUUUGUAAAUAAAGAUGUGAUAAAUUUAUUUUUAUAUCACUGAUGGUUUUUAAUAGUUUGCUCUGACAUUGUAACUUUCAUGAUUACAUAAAUGUGUUUUUCUGGAGGGGCCUGUGCUUGUGUGUUUUAAAUAAGUACUUUUAGGGUAUUUAUAGUUUCCAUUCCAACUGUAUAAAAUAAACUAUUCAUGAAAUUAAGCCUCAAACAUAAUAAAUCUUCAUGUUUUCCAGGUAAAAGAUGGCGCAGCAGCAGGAAGUGGAUUUCGAGAAAAUACUUUUCAAGGUUCGCAGUGAGUUUGUGGAGAGAGUUUCUGAGGAAAUCCUGAAGCGGCUCCUUGAUGACCUUCUAUCAGAUCAGGUCUUUACUCAGUCAGAGAUGGAGGGUAUACUUCAGAAGAACCAAACCAGAGAAGACAAGGCUCGUAACACCAUUGAUGCUGUGAUGAAGAAAGGACAGAGAGCCUGCAGAGUGAUGAUCAAAUGUCUUCACCACAGAGAUCCGACUCUGUCCAACCAGCUGAGUUUGUCCUCUUUGUCUCCUGUUAAAGAUUUUGAUGUUCGGUGUCAAAAGGAGCUUAAAGACCAUCUGAAGAUGAAGUUCCAGAGUCUCUCUGAAGGCGUCGCUGAACCUGGAAAUCAAACCUUUCUGAACCAGAUCUACACAGAGCUCCACAUCACAGAGGGGUUAACUAGAGAGGUCAACCAGGAACAUGAGGUCAGACGGAUUGAAACAGCAUCCAGGAAACAAGAAACAAUCAGGAGAGAAGACAUCUUUAAACCUGGAAGUGAUCAACCAAUCAGAACAGUGAUGACCAUGGGAGUGGCUGGCAUUGGGAAAACACUGUUAACACAGAAGUUCACUCUGGACUGGGCUGAGGGCAGAACCAACCAGAACAUCCAGUUCAUAUUUCCAUUCACUUUCAGAGAGCUGAAUAACUUGAAAAAGAAAAAGUUCAGCUUGGUGGAACUGAUUCAUAAAUUAUUUACUGAAACCAAAGGAAUCAGCAGCUUUGAACAGUUCCAGGUUCUGUUCAUCUUUGAUGGUCUGGAUGAGAGUCGACUUCCUCUGGACUUUGAUGAUAAUCUGAUCCUGACUGAUGUUACAGAGUCCAGCUCAGUGGAUGUUCUGCUGACAAACCUCAUCAGGGGGAAACUGCUUCCCUCUGCUCUCCUCUGGAUAACCACACGACCUGCAGCAGCCAAUCAGAUCCCUGCUGAGUGCGUUGGCAUGGUAACAGAGGUCAGAGGGUUCACUGACCCCCAGAAGGAGGAGUACUUCAGGAAGAGAUUCAGAGGUGAUGAAGAGAAGGCCAGCAGGAUCAUCUCCCACAUCCAGAAAUCAAAAAGUCUCCACAUCAUGUGUCACAUCCCAGUUUUCUGCUGGAUCACUGCUAAAGUUCUGGAGGAAAUGAUGGAGACCAGAGAGGAAGGAGAGCUGCCCAAGACCCUGACUGAGAUGUACAUAGAGUUCCUGCUGGUUCAGCUCAAAAUCAAGAAGGAAAAGUUUGAUGGACGACGAAAGACAAAAUCAAUCUGGAGUCCAGAGAACAAGAAGCUGAUUGAGUCUCUAGGAAAACUGGCUUUAGAUCAGCUGCUGGAGGGAAACCUGAUCUUCUAUGAUGAAGACCUCAAACGUUGCGGCAUCGACAUCACAGAUGCUGCGUUGUUCUCAGGAGUUUUCACUGAGAUGUUUAAAAAGGAAACAGGAACACACAACAUCUCCGUCUACUCCUUUGUUCAUCUGAGCAUCCAGGAGUUUCUGGCUGCCGUCUACAUGCUCCACUGCUUCACCAGCAGGAGGUCAGAGGUCAUCAAGACGUUCCUGGGAGAAGAAUACAAUGAAACAUCUCUAGAUGAGUUCAUGAAGAAAGUCAUGGAGAAAUCCCUCAGCAGUAAAAAUGGCCACCUGGACCUGUUUGUCCGCUUCCUUCAUGGUCUCACUGUGGAGUCCAACCAGAGACUCUUAGAGGAUCUGCUGGGUCAGACAGAGAACCGUCCAGAAACCAUCCAGAGAAUCAUCACCAACCUGAAGGAGAUGAACUCUGAUGAAUUCUCUCCUGACAGAAGCAUCAACAUCUUCUACUGUCUGAUGGAGAUGAAUCACAUUUCAUUUACUAAGGAGAUAAAACAGCUCCUGAUAUC